CUGAACUUGUAAGUCUGCAGAAUCCAGCUCUGAUUGAAACCACUGAGCCAGUUGUAAGUAAUCUUGACUAUUGGGAUUACUUUGUGUUAGUGCACAAUGUCAAAGCUCAGUUUCAAAUGGAAGACUUUCUAUGUUCUUGCAAUCAUCAUUUUCCUGGCUCUUUCUCCAGCACUGGCAGCUGACAGUUCCCCAGGGGAUGUGGAGCAGUUGAAAGCUCUAAGGCAAUCUCUUGCCUCUGGAAGAACUGCGGUUCCUAACUGGUUUGAUGACGGAACCCCUCCGUGUAAUUGGACUGGGAUAAGAUGCGAUGGUGCAACUGUUACGCAUAUCGAUUUAUCUUGUCAGACGAGGCCUGUGGAUCUUCCAUUUCCUAAUCUCAUGGAUUCAUUCAGGGCGCUGAGAUAUCUAAACCUGAGUCAUUGUGGCCUUACUGGUGGUAUUCCUCCAGGUUUAUGGAGUUUAGAGAACUUGGAAAGUCUUGAUGUCAGUGGCAACAAAUUAACUGGUGUCUUGCCUGAUAGUAUAUCCAACCUGAGGAGCUUAAAAACACUUGUGCUUGAUGAUAACAGCUUUUCUGGUACUUUGCCAUCAACGGUUGGUAUGCUGGAAGAACUGAUUGAGCUUUCAGUCCGUGGUAAUAUGUUUUCUGGGCAUCUUCCUAUAGAGCUAGGAAAUUUGAGGAAUCUAAGAUCUCUUGACCUCAGUGUAAAUAGAUUUUCUGGCAGGUUGCCUUCCAGUUUCGGCGAUUUGACAGGUCUAAUGUAUCUUGAUGCAAGCCAAAACCAUCUGGCAGGGCCACUCUUGCUGAAUUUCGGAAACCUACUGAAGCUGAAGCAUAUUGAUCUCUCAGAAAAUAAUAUAAGCGGAUGUCUGCCUAUUACAAUUGCCAGCCUCAAAGAUCUCCGGGUUCUAAAUCUUCAGAAUUGUAAAAUUUCGGGUUCCAUCCCUGAGGAAAUAUCUGAGCUGAGUAGCUUGACUUACUUGAAUCUGGCUCAGAAUAGUCUGAAGGGAAGAAGCCUCCCUGCAGGAAUUGGCAAGCUUGCAAACCUUGUUCACCUGAUUGUUCCGAAUGCUGGACUGACUGGAGAAAUUCCUCCACAGUUGGGAAACUGUAAGAGAUUGAAAACCAUCGACCUGUCAUUUAACUCAUUAUGUGGUACCUUACCAAAGGAACUUGCAGGAAUGGAGUCAGUUGAAUCGGUUUCUCUUGAUUCGAAUAAUUUGUCCGGCCGUGUUCCUGAAUGGAUUUCUGAAUGGAAGCUAGUACAGAAGAUUCUGCUUUCAAAGAAUGCCUUUACUGGGAGCAUACCACCAUUGGAUUUGCCCAUGCUAUCAUCUCUCGCUCUUGGUAGCAACAAUCUUUCCGGGGUUUUGCCAGCCAAGUUAUGCAAUGCCAAGUCAUUGCACUUCCUAGACUUGUCUGAUAACAACCUUUCAGGUGGAAUAGAGAAAACUUUCAGCCGUUGUCUGCGCCUGACGGAUUUGAUUUUAUCAAAAAAUGGUCUUUCUGGUGAGAUUCCAUCCUAUCUUGGAGACCUUCCAUUGAUAACUCUGGAGCUUUCAGAGAACUAUUUCUCUGGAAGACUUCCUGAUCAACUUUGGAAAUCGCGUACACUCAUGGAGAUCACGCUUGGUAACAACUUUCUUGAAGGUCCAAUCCCUGAGGAGAUUGCAAAAGUUUCCACCUUGCAGAGGCUGCAGCUAGAUCAUAACUACUUCGGAGGAAGCAUUCCAAGUAGCAUUGGGAAGAUAAAAAAUCUUACCAAUCUCUCUUUAAAUGGAAACAACUUGACCGGAGAGAUUCCUGCUGAAAUUUUCGAAUGUACAAAGCUGGUGACUCUAGAUCUAGGGUCGAACAAACUGACAGGUCAGAUCCCGAAGUCUAUAUCUAAACUGAAAGCAAUUGACAACCUUGUAUUUUCUGGUAACCACAUCUCUGGUUCUAUUCCUGAAGAGAUUUGCGCGGCUUUUCAAAAGUUUACCUAUUCGGAUUCUGAGUUUGUUCAACACCAUGGAAUGCUUGAUUUAUCCAAUAAUGAUCUUGAGGGUCCAAUUCCUGCAUCAAUCAACCAAUGUAGUGGUGUUUCACAACUACAUUUGCAGGGCAACAGACUGAAUGGGAGCAUUCCAUUUGGACUAUUUGCUUUGAACUUAACAUCACUUGACCUGUCUCACAAUAAUUUAGCAGGUCCUUUGGUUUCUAAUUGGUCAAUGAAGAAUCUAGAAGGUUUAAUACUUUCACAUAACCAGUUGAGUGGUAUCAUUCCUGAGGAUUUUGGCGGCGCAGUUCCAAGUCUUGAAACGCUUGACCUUUCGAGUAACUUCUUCACAGGCCAAUUUCCAGGUUCAGUUUUCAACAUUUCUAAAUUGUCACACUUGGACAUCAGCAAGAAUUAUUUCUCUGGAGCUCUGUCUAUCAAUCUUGGAAACAGCAGUCCUCUUUUAUUCUUUAAUGCCAGUAACAAUAAAUUCUCCGGCGCGCUUCCUGACUCCAUCUCAAACUUGACAUCUCUUAGCACAUUGGAUAUCCAUAACAAUACACUUACAGGCCCAUUGCCAUCAUCUCUUUCAACGCUUGCUUUCUUGACAUUUCUUGACUUGUCAAACAACAAUUUCACAGACUACUUCCCUUGUAACAUCUGUGGAAUAGAAAGCCUAGUCUCUGUCAAUUUCUCCAACAACAAAUUCAGAGGAUAUGUGCCAGAAUAUUGUCAGAAAGCUGAACAAUGCUUGCGACGCCAGAAUGGUAUUUCACCUCGUAAGCAUCCGUUUAAUUCAUCACCAAUUCUGUCUCUUGCUUCCGUUUUAGGCAUUGCUCUUGGGGCAACAGUUGCGUUUGUGAUCCUCCUUAUUCUUAUCCUUAAUUGGAGAAUGCUAAGACAUCAAGUUGUCACUCUCAACAGAGGUAAGGAUAAGCUUGCUAUAUCUGUUGAACCAACAUCCUCUGCACCAGUUGGACAGACAGAUAUUGAAGGAGGCAAUCUUGUUGGAUGGGUAAGGUGGAUGGCUGCUAAAGGAAGAGAAUGUGAAGUAUUCGACCCUUGUCUUUCGGAUUCUUCUUCUCUAUGGAAAGAUCAAAUGAUGGAUGUUCUUGCUAUUGCUCAGAAAUGCACUUGUGAUGACCCUUGGAAGAGGCCUUCAAUGCAUGAGGUUAUGAAGCUGCUAAAGGAGGCUAAGUCCAAAUGUUGA